AUGGCGAAUUCGCUGCUGAUGCGUCCACAAGUGGCGGCAUUUCGUCUCUGGCGACCCCAUUUUUUUAGCAGCCGCGCUUUCCCAUGUUCUCAAGCGGCGAAGCCCUGUCACGUCACUACGCGCACUCCCUUGUUGUCGGAGAAGUUUCUUGUCGGGCUUCACUACUGUGUUGGUCGUGUCACCAAAUCGGACGGUUGUCGGAGUCUCAGUAUCCGAGCAAUGACAGAGGUCAAUGAUUCCAGCUCAAUCAGCUCCCCUUUGAUGCAGUCAAUGGAAAAGAAG